AUGGAUGUUAGUAGCUUCUAUACUGAAUUGAUGACUCUCUGGGAGGAGUAUAAGAAUUACAUUGAGCUUCCUGUAUGUACGUGCGGCCUUUGUGAAUGUAAUGCUGCUGCUCUCUGGGAAUCUUUACAACAGAGAAGCAGAGUUAUGAAGUUCUUGAUGGGUCUUAAUGAAGCUUUUGAGCCAACUCGUCGCCACAUCUUGAUGAUGAAACCAAUUCCCUCUCUUGAGGAUGUAUUCAACAUGGUGGCACAAGACGAACGCCAGAAGUCUAUCAAACCAAGUACGAGGCAGGACAAUGUUGUUUUCCAGAACUCUGGACCUCACGAUGAUACUCAAUCAAUGUCAUCUGAGAAUCUCGCUGAUAAUGCUGCUUUUGCUACUCAGUAUAACAACUCCUAUCGUCCUCGGCACAAGUUUCAUACAACUCCUGGACAACAACACUCUUCUCAGCAAUCUCGUGGACAGAAUCCGGUUAAUUCUCAAGCUCAGUCUCAGACUCGCCCCAAUCCUCCGUCUUUUCAGAAGACUAACACAGUGGCGAAUGUGAUGACUGCUCCUCUUUACUUGCCGGCUCCUGCCACGAAUGCGAUCAAUUGA